AUGGCGUCCUCUCUGCUUGAGGAAGAAGGUCACUAUGGCUCCAGUCCCCUGGCCAUGCUGACAGCAGCCUGCAGCAAGUUUGGCGGCUCCAGCCCUCUGCGGGACUCAGCAACCCUGGGGAAAGGGGGAGCAAAGAAACCAUACACUGACCUUUCGACCCCCAAAACCAUGGGGGACGCCUACCCCGCGCCCUUCUCAAGCAGCAACGGACUCCUCUCACCGGCAGGCAGUCCUCCAGCCCCAGCCUCUGGCUAUGCAAAUGACUAUCCACCCUUUCCCCACUCAUUUCCUGGGCCAACUGGUGCCCAAGACCCUGGGCUCCUAGUGCCCAAGGGGCACAGCUCUUCUGACUGCCUGCCUAGUGUCUACACUUCCCUGGAUAUGGCUCACCCCUAUGGCUCCUGGUACAAGGCAGGCAUCCAUGCAGGCAUCUCACCAGGUCCAGGAAACACACCUACUCCUUGGUGGGACAUGCACCCUGGGGGCAACUGGCUAGGUGGUGGGCAGGGGGGCCAGGGUGAUGGGCUGCAAGGGACACUGUCCACAGGCCCUGCACAGCCUCCACUGAACCCCCAGCUGCCUGCUUACCCAUCUGACUUUGCCCCCCUUAACCCAGCUCCCUACCCAGCGCCCCACCUCUUGCAACCAGGGCCCCAGCAUGUCCUACCCCAAGAUGUCUAUAAGCCCAAGGCAGUUGGCAAUAGCGGGCAACUGGAGGGGAGUGGUGCAGGCAAACCCCCGCGGGGUGCAGGCACAGGGGGCAGUGGUGGAUAUGCGGGCAGUGGGACAGGGCGGUCUACCUGCGACUGCCCCAACUGUCAAGAGCUAGAGCGGCUGGGGGCGGCAGCGGCUGGGCUGAGGAAGAAGCCCAUUCACAGCUGCCACAUCCCUGGCUGCGGCAAGGUGUACGGCAAGGCUUCGCAUCUGAAAGCCCACUUGCGCUGGCACACCGGCGAGAGGCCUUUCGUCUGCAACUGGCUUUUCUGUGGCAAGAGGUUCACUCGCUCCGACGAGCUGGAGCGCCACGUGCGCACUCACACCCGGGAGAAGAAGUUCACCUGCCUGCUCUGCUCCAAGCGCUUUACCAGAAGCGACCACUUAAGCAAACACCAGCGCACCCACGGGGAGCCAGGCCCGGGGCCACCCCCAAGCGGCCCUAAGGAGCUGGGGGAGGGUCGCAGCGUCGGGGAAGAAGAAGCCAAUCAGCCGUCCCGAUCUUCCACCUCGCCUGCACCCCCAGAAAAGGCCCCUGGGGGAAGCCCAGAGCAGAGCAACCUGCUAGAGAUCUGAAGCGGGCAGAGGAAGGUCUC